AUGGCGACAGUUCGUCCUAUUACUCCAUCGAAACCUCCUGAACGUUUAUUAAGUAGACGAUCAACUCGUGGAUCAACUAUAGCAACACCACGUUCUCAAAGAAAAGUAACUAUUUCAAAAACAACUCCAAUUACAGUAUCAACAAUAAAACGCACGAAUUCAUCUCGAAUGUCUGUAAAAAAAAGUUCGAUUCCAUCAAUAAAACCAUGUGUCCGUGUUAAUUCAUUUGCAAAUAUUACAACUAUAACAGAUCAAAAUGAAUCAACAAAUAAAAUGACUACUACAACAAUUACUGAGUUACCUCCUAUAAGACGAUCUUCAAAAAUACCAGAUUUAAAUAUAAUAACAUCAACUACUCCUAUUUUACAAGACGAUUCAGACAUAAUAAACGAUAAUAAACCAAUCAAACAAUCAAAUAAUGAUAAUUCUAUCUUGACUCAUACCGAGGAAAUAUCAUCAUCACCACCAUCAUCAAAAAGAUCUUCCAUACAAAAAAUUCAAUUUACAAUUGACUCAUUUGAUAUUAUUCGAACAAUUGGUACUGGAACGUUUGGCAGAGUACAACUUGUUUGCCAUCGUGAUACAAAUACAUUCUAUGCUCUCAAGACAAUGUCUAUAAAACGUGUUAUUGAAUCAAAACAAAUUGAACAUGUACAAAGUGAAAAAAAUAUUUUAUUAAAAAUUCAUCAUCCAUUUCUUGUACGUUUACAAUGGACAACACAUACAAAUUCCUUACUUUAUCUUCUACUCGAAUAUUUACCAGGUGGUGAACUUUUUCAAAUGAUGCGUAAACAUGAAAAAUUUGAUGCUAAAACAGCUAUAUUUUAUGCUAGUGAAGUUUUACUUGCACUUGAUUAUUUACAUCAUUUAGAUAUACUUUAUCGAGAUUUAAAACCAGAAAAUAUUAUAUUAGAUAGUGAAGGUCAUAUUCGUCUAGUUGAUUUUGGUUUUGCUAAAGAAACUAAAGAACGAACAUUUACACUUUGUGGCACUGUUGAUUAUCUUGCUCCUGAAGUCAUUCAAAAUCGCGGUCAUCAUAAAGCAUCUGAUUGGUGGGCACUUGGCAUUCUAAUCUAUGAAAUGCUUGCUGGUUAUCCACCAUUUUAUGAUAAUGAUCAAUUUGUUACAUAUCAAAAGAUUCUUUCUGGUAAAAUUGAAUUUCCACGUCAUUUUGAUUAUGCAGCUAAACAAGUUCUUCGUAAAUUACUUAAUGUUGAUCAAUCGCAACGACUUGGUUCAGCAAAAAAUGGUGGUGAUGAAAUAAAACGUGAACAAUGGUUUGUUAGUGUAUCAUGGACAGAUCUUUAUAAUCGAAAAAUUGAACCACCUAUAAAACCAACAAUUACGUCACCAGGUGAUACAACGAAUUUUGAUCUAUAUGAAGAAUUUGACAUCAAACAAACACCACAAGCAGCAAAAUAUGAAGUACAACUAUUUAAAGAUUUUUAA